UCUUUGAGAAAAUCAAUUGACUUGUUAAUCUGAUAAUUUCAGGGCAUCUUAAAGAAUAGAUACCUGGGCAUCUGAAGUGUCUCUAUUCAAAGAACAUUUAUGAAAUGCUUAUAUAAAUCAGUAACUGUCAGAUUUUAGAAUUACAGAGAUCAAUAAAACAUGGCUUUAACCUUGAGUAACUCACAGACUGAUAGGAAAGACAGCCGUCAACAGUCAAUUAUAACACAGUGUGACCAGCGGCUCAGGAGAGGCACGUUCAAGGUACCAUGAAAGUGGAGGGUGCCGUAUGGGGUGCCCCCUACUCCAGUCUCACGCCUCUCAGCAUGGUAUUCUUUUAGCUUCUGUAUAUUGCAGACAUUUAUGUGCAGGGUGUGCUAGAUACUGCAUGAAGGGGUUUUUGUAUGUCAUCUUAUUUAUGUCUGUCAACCUCUAGAGGUUGGUCCUAGUAUGGACCCUAUAAAAAUGGGGGAAAUGAGCAGAGAUUAAGUGACUUGGCUAAGGUCACAGUCAGUGCUGGAUGCAGAAUUCAAACCAAAGCUUUUUGCUCUUAGCCAAUGCUCUCUACCGCCUUUCUCAGAGGGAGCCUGUAUCUAGAGCAAUGAUCUCAACCAGGGGGGUCAUUUUGCCUCUAAGGAACAUUUGGAGAUGUCUGCAGACAUUUUCAAUUGUCACAGUUGGCAUCUAAUAGGUAGAGGUCAGAGCUGCUGCUAACCAUCCUCCCAUGCACAAGACAGUGCCCACAAAACAGAGUUAUCCAGCCUAAAAUGUCAAUGGUGCUGUGGUUGUGAAACUCUGCUCUAGAGCUUGGGUACUAUAUUUGGGUUGGCCUUUAAGAAAUACUUUUUUAAAACUUACAAAACAUUUUCUAAAAGAAGAGAUGGCUUACUAUGGGGCAAAACAUACUGGACCAAGCCUAUAAUUUACUGGUCAAGUGUAUUUUGUCACUUGUAAAAUUGAGAAAAUGUUGCCUUCUUUGUUUACCUGUCGAUUUCAGGGAUGUGAGGAGAUAAUGCAUAAGACAGCCCUGUACAAGAAUUAUUAUCAGAAAUUCUUAGGCUCCUUGGAGACUCCGGGUCACAAGAAUUAGAUAAAGAUGACCUCAUGGUGAACUUCUCUUGUUUACCCUCCUCUCUUGUCAGCUGACCCCCUUAUAGUCACCCUCAUAUUUCUCUAAGAAGUUUGUUCCCAGUAUUUACUGGAUGAACUAAACCAUUUUUCACAAGUGACUUUUGCUUAAAUUUUUUUUUUCGAUUUAACAUCUCUUGCCAUAUUACACUAGAUUUUAGGCAGUUAAUUUAAAUUCUAAUUUUUUUAUAUACUUUUAUGCAAGCAUUUGUGGGUUUGGGGAGUUAUUUGAAUACCAUGCCUUUCUUCAAAAUGAAUAACCAUAACAUUGACUCAGCCUCCCCUCCAUUCCUUCCUUUCAAGCUCUAACCACUUGGAAGGAAAAUCAUUCUAGCAUUUGUUAAAUGAAUGCCAGGUAGUUUCUUUACGCGUAAUGGUUGACCAUCCCCUAGACAGGUCGUUGUAGCCCGUGAAGCCAAACAGGUAUGCACUGUAGUAAUUCAUCAAAUGGAGGUAAACUCAUAAAUUUAGUUUACUGAGGUUUUAGGUGAGCGUGACAUCCCAUUGGCAUGCUUUUCCUACACAGCAAACAGCGUCUAGGCAAAGAGUAAUUACUGACUUCCUUGGAGUGUUUGAAUGGUGAUCCAUUCCGCUGUGAAUCACAGAUCAGCCUUCAGGUGUGCGCCGCGCACGCUUCACGGUGUUCCGGCCGCGGCUGCAUUUAUUUAUUUAUUUUAGGGGAAUGAUCCAUUUGGGGCUGGGGGCGCGGCGGAGGCAGCAGAUGCUGGGAGUCCCGGCCUCCCGGGGGCUCGGCACAGGUCUCCGCCUGCCCCCUUUCCCAUGAGGCCCCGCUCCUGGGAGUGUCUGCCCAGGGAAGGGUCCCCGCCGCCCCAGCCCCUUCCAGCGGGAGGUGGGGAGGCUGCACCAAGGUGUCCGGCUCAAGUCCACCAACAGGCCACUUGGCUCAAAGUGCUUUUAAGUUUCCUUUUUUUGAGGAAGGGAGAAGAAGAGGAGCUUUUCCUAUUUAAAUUCCAUUCCUUGUUUGUAUACCAAAAGGAAACUCAGCACUGGGCAUGUUCGGAUGUGGAAUGGUUUCUCCGAUAAGCAACAGCCUCCCGGAACCGAUGUCUUAAAAUAGUCGUCUCCCCUCACCUCCCCGCGGGAGCUGCAAAUGGUAUCUGCCAAACAGAUGACAAAGUACCUUGGACUGAAUCACACACAGACAGCAUUUUGAGCAGAACGCACGGCCCAACUCUUGUAAUUACUGUUUGUAGCCGGCCAGGGCUGACCAGGAGAGGGCAAACCUAGGAGGAAAUAAGUUUCCCCGAACCUUGGAGAAAUGGCUGUGUGCUAAUUAAAGGCAGGCACGGGGACUUCUCAGUUAUUCUCUAAGUUGUUCUUGAGGUCACAGUUCACAGCACGUUUCCUCUGGAGGGAGUGAGUAGAUAAUUGGGAUCUUUUUGUCUUUUUGUCUUUUUCUUUUUUUCCCCCUCUCCCCGUUUUGGCCUUAUGGCCUUGAACCCGCAGUGAAUUGAAGAGAGAAAGAAAUGGAUAUGUCUGACCCCAAUUUUUGGACUGUGCUCUCAAACUUUACUUUGCCUCAUUUGAGGAGUGGGAACAGGCUGCGGCGGACACAAAGUUGCCGAACAAGCAACCGGAAGAGCUUGAUAGGCAAUGGGCAGUCACCAGCAUUGCCUCGACCGCACUCACCUCUCUCUGCUCAUGCAGGAAAUAGCCCUCAAGAUAGUCCAAGAAAUUUCUCCCCCAGUGCCUCAGCCCAUUUUUCAUUUGCACGAAGGACUGAUGGACGCCGCUGGUCCCUGGCUUCUCUCCCCUCCUCUGGCUAUGGGACAAACACGCCCAGCUCCACGGUCUCGUCAUCCUGUUCCUCCCAGGAGAAGUUGCAUCAGUUACCAUACCAACCAACGCCAGAUGAAUUACACUUCUUAUCGAAACAUUUUUGCACAACUGAAAGCAUCGCCACGGAAAACAGAUGCAGGAACACCCCCAUGCGCCCCCGUUCCCGAAGCCUGAGCCCUGGACGUUCUCCCGCCUGCUGUGACCAUGAAAUAAUUAUGAUGAACCAUGUCUACAAAGAAAGGUUCCCAAAGGCCACGGCUCAGAUGGAAGAACGACUAAAGGAAAUUAUCACCAGCUACUCUCCUGACCAUGUCCUUCCCCUUGCGGAUGGAGUGCUCAGUUUCACUCACCAUCAGAUUAUUGAACUGGCUCGAGAUUGCUUGGAUAAAUCCCACCAGGGUCUCAUCACCUCACGAUACUUCCUUGAAUUACAGCACAAAUUAGAUAAGUUGCUACAGGAGGCUCAUGAUCGUUCAGAAAGUGGAGAAUUAGCAUUUAUUAAACAGCUAGUUCGAAAGAUCCUAAUUGUUAUUGCCCGCCCUGCUCGGUUAUUAGAGUGCCUGGAAUUUGAUCCUGAAGAAUUUUACUACCUAUUGGAAGCAGCAGAAGGCCAUGCAAAAGAAGGACAGGGUAUUAAGACCGACAUUCCCAGGUACAUCAUUAGCCAGCUGGGGCUCAAUAAAGAUCCCUUGGAAGAAAUGGCUCAGUUGGGAAACUAUGAUAGUGGGACAGCAGAAACACCAGAAACAGAUGAAUCAGUGAGUAGCUCUAAUACUUCCCUGAAACUUCGACGGAAACCUCGCGAAAGUGAUUUUGAAACGAUUAAAUUGAUUAGUAAUGGAGCCUAUGGGGCAGUCUACUUUGUUCGGCAUAAGGAAUCCAGACAGAGGUUUGCCAUGAAGAAGAUUAAUAAACAGAACCUCAUCCUCCGAAACCAGAUCCAGCAGGCCUUUGUGGAACGGGAUAUCCUGACUUUUGCAGAAAACCCUUUUGUCGUCAGCAUGUAUUGCUCCUUUGAAACAAGGCGCCACCUGUGCAUGGUCAUGGAAUAUGUGGAAGGGGGCGACUGCGCUACCUUGAUGAAGAACAUGGGUCCCCUCCCUGUCGACAUGGCCAGGAUGUACUUUGCUGAGACAGUCCUGGCCUUGGAAUAUCUCCAUAAUUAUGGAAUCGUACACCGGGACUUGAAACCAGACAACUUGUUGGUCACCUCCAUGGGGCACAUAAAGCUGACAGAUUUUGGAUUAUCCAAGGUGGGACUGAUGAGCAUGACUACCAAUCUUUAUGAGGGUCACAUUGAGAAGGAUGCUCGAGAGUUCCUGGACAAACAGGUCUGCGGCACACCUGAAUACAUUGCACCAGAAGUGAUUCUGAGGCAGGGAUACGGGAAGCCGGUGGACUGGUGGGCCAUGGGGAUUAUCCUCUAUGAAUUUCUGGUUGGAUGCGUGCCAUUCUUUGGGGACACUCCAGAAGAGCUAUUUGGACAAGUCAUCAGUGAUGAGAUCAACUGGCCUGAGAAGGAUGAGGCGCCCCCACCUGAUGCCCAGGAUCUGAUUACCUUGCUUCUCAGGCAGAAUCCCCUGGAGAGACUGGGAACAGGUGGUGCGUAUGAAGUCAAACAGCAUCGGUUCUUCCGUUCUUUAGACUGGAACAGUUUGCUGAGACAGAAGGCAGAAUUUAUUCCCCAACUGGAAUCCGAAGAUGACACAAGUUAUUUUGAUACUCGGUCAGAGAAGUAUCAUCACAUGGAGACCGAGGAAGAGGAUGACACGAAUGAUGAAGACUUUAACGUGGAGAUAAGGCAGUUUUCCUCAUGUUCACAUCGGUUUUCAAAAGUUUUCAGCAGUAUAGAUCGAAUAACUCAGAAUUCAGGAGAAGAGAAGGAAGACCCUGCGGACAAAACGAAAAGCACAACUUUGCCAUCCACAGAAACGUUAAGCUGGAGUUCAGAAUAUUCUGAAAUGCAACAGUUAUCCACAUCCAACUCUUCAGAUACAGAAAGCAACAGACGUAAACUCAGUUCUGGCCUGCUUCCCAAACUGGCUAUUUCAGCAGAGGCAGGACAAGAUGCAGCUGCUUCCUGCCCUGGAGACCCCCACGAGGAGCCAGAAAAGCCAGCCCUUCCUCCUGCAGAGUGUCCUCAGGAGGAGCCUGAGGUCACCACCCCAGCCAGCACCAUCAGCAGCUCCACUCUGUCAGUUGGCAGUUUUUCAGAGCACUUGGAUCAGAUAAAUGGACGAAGCGAGUGUGUGGACAAUACAGAUAAUUCCUCAAAGCCAUCCAGUGAACCCGCUUCCCACAUGGCUCGGCAGCGAUUAGAAAGCACAGAGAAAAAGAAAAUCUCGGGGAAAGUCACAAAGUCCCUUUCUGCCAGUGCUCUGUCCCUCAUGAUCCCAGGAGAUAUGUUUGCUGUGUCUCCACUGGGAAGCCCAAUGUCUCCCCAUUCCCUGUCCUCCGACCCUUCUUCUUCACGAGAUUCCUCUCCCAGCCGGGAUUCUUCAGCGGCUUCUGCCAGUCCCCAUCAGCCCAUUGUGAUCCACAGUUCAGGGAAGAACUAUGGCUUCACCAUCCGCGCCAUCCGGGUGUACGUGGGAGACAGUGACAUCUACACGGUGCACCAUAUCGUUUGGAAUGUAGAAGAAGGAAGUCCAGCAUGCCAGGCUGGACUGAAGGCUGGGGACCUGAUCACGCACAUCAAUGGAGAACCGGUGCAUGGACUUGUCCACACGGAAGUGAUAGAGCUGUUGCUAAAGAGUGGAAAUAAGGUGUCAAUCACUACUACUCCAUUUGAAAACACGUCAAUCAAAACGGGACCAGCCAGGAGAAACAGCUAUAAGAGCCGGAUGGUGAGGCGGAGCAAGAAAUCUAAGAAGAAAGAAAGCCUAGAAAGGAGGAGAUCCCUCUUCAAAAAACUAGCCAAGCAGCCUUCUCCUUUACUCCACACCAGCCGAAGUUUCUCCUGUCUGAACCGAUCCCUGUCAUCGGGGGAGAGCCUCCCGGGGUCUCCCACUCACAGCUUGUCUCCCCGAUCCCCUACGCCAAGCUAUCGCUCCACCCCCGACUUCCCAUCUGGUACUAACUCCUCCCAGAGCAGCUCCCCAAGUUCCAGUGCCCCCAAUUCCCCAGCAGGGUCAGGACACAUCCGGCCCAGCACUCUCCAUGGUCUGGCCCCCAAACUCAGCGGGCAGCGAUACCGGUCUGGCAGGCGCAAGUCUGCCGGCAACAUCCCACUCUCCCCGCUGGCCCGGACACCCUCUCCAACGCCACAGCCCACCUCCCCGCAGCGCUCACCAUCGCCUCUGUUGGGACACUCACUGGGCAAUUCCAAAAUCUCUCAAGCCUUUCCUAGCAAAAUGCACUCCCCUCCCACCAUCGUCAGGCACAUUGUGCGGCCCAAGAGCGCAGAGCCCCCGCGGUCCCCGCUGCUCAAGCGCGUGCAGUCGGAGGAGAAGCUCUCUCCCUCCUAUGGCAGUGACAAGAAGCACCUGUGUUCCCGCAAGCACAGCCUAGAAGUGACCCAGGAGGAGGUGCAGCGAGAGCAGUCACAGCGGGAGGUGACCUUGCAGAGCCUGGAGGAGAACGUGUGUGACGCGCCUUCGCUCAGCCGGGCCCGGCCCGUGGAGCAAGGCUGCCUGAAGCGCCCGGUCUCCCGGAAGCUGGGAAGGCAGGAGUCUGUGGACGACCUGGACCGAGAGAAGCUGAAGGCCAAGGUGGUGGUGAAGAAACCAGACGGCUUCCCUGAGAAGCAAGAAGCCCACCAGAAAUCCCACGGACUUGGUAGUGAUUUGGAAAACCUGUCUCCUUUUAGGUUAGAAGAGAGGGAGAAGAAAAUGUAUCCCAAGGCUUUAGAAAGGUCAAAUCACUUUGAAAGCAAAGCAGCCAUGCAGGAGACCCAGUCCCUGGGCAGUCUGCUGAAAGAUGCUCUCCACAAGCAGGCCAGUGUGCGGGCCAGUGAGGGUAUCACCUCGGAUGGGGCAGCAGCUGGCUAUGGCCCAGCACCCGGGGACCACAGCCAGGGCACCUGUGACUUCAAACGAACCUCCACUCCUGGUACUCUCCAAGACAGUCUCUGUCACUCCACUGACAGGUCCACCUCUGGGAAGGGGGACAACACGGAGAAGGCCCCCCAGGCCAAGGAGUGUCUCCGAUGUGAGAAGUUAGACAGCAAGCUGGCUAAUAUUGAUUACCUCCGAAAGAAAAUGUCACUUGAAGACAAAGAUGACAGCCUCUGCAGUGUGCUGAAGCCCAAGGUGACAUCUAGUACCCAUGAAUGCCUGCUCGGAAACCCCGUCCGGCCAGUGGGCGGGCAGCAGGAGCCCCUGCCAGCCUCCGAGAGCCGAGCGUUCAUCAGUAGCGCCCACGCAGCUCAGCUUAGUGCUGUCUCCUUUGUCCCUCUCAAGGCCUUAGCUGGCCGGGUGGACAGUGGAGCCGAGAAGCCGGGCCUAGUUGCUCCUGAGUCACCUGUCCGGAAAAGCCCCUCGGAGUAUAAGCUGGAAGGUAGGUCUGUGUCAUGCCUGAAGCCAAUUGAGGGCACUUUGGACAUUGCUCUCCUGUCUGGACCUCAAGCCUCCAAGACAGAGCUGCCUUCCCCAGAGCCCGCACAGAGCCCCAGCCCGGGCAGUGACGUGGGGCCAUCUCUGCCACCGGCGCUCCCCAGCAGUGGCGGGAAGAGAGGUGAAGUUUCUAGUCAGAGGGAGCCUUCCCCUGCCAACUUCAAGACGAAUAAAUCCUACCUGCUCGAGCCUCGGUUCCAACCACCCAGUCGGGGUCUCCAGAACUCACAAGCAUCUUCUCUGCCUGACCCAGAGCUAAAGCAGGACAGGAAAGUCUCUCAUGCUGCCAGGAGCCCCAUGACAGUUGCGGAAAGUGGUCCCCAGCGGAGAGAAGGUGGCCCCAGCAAACACCAAGACCACAGCCCCGACACCACACUCCUCCCCUUCCUGGGGCAGAACCUCCAUGGCGCCGACCCACCCAGGCUGCACAGCCCGCUCCCACCCGAAGGUGCCCCCUUGAGGGAGAAGCAGGGCCAGAGGGAAUCGUCUGAAAGGGGCCCUUCCACAGCCAGAAGCGAGUGGACUAGUGCAAGGGCUGAUGUCCGCAGAGACCCCUCUGCGGAGCUGCAACCUCCAGAAGAUGCUAAGACCAGUGACAAGUCCAAAAAUCUCCCCUCUGUGAGCAGAGCCUACCCAGAUUUCUACACACAGACCCAGGCCAUGGAGAAAACGUGGGAGCCUUGUGGGAAAACGAUCCACAAAGAUGGCCGAGAGGAGGGGAGGCUCCUGGCCAGAGAGGACUCCUCUUUGUAUUCAGUGGGGACUCCUUGGGACAGGGAGCUGGGCAAGGGAAGACGUGGCAUGGAACCCAAGCUUGAAGCACCCCCUGCGAGGCAGUCUCUGCAGCCACCCGGAACUGGGAGUGGGAAGAGUGAAAAGCUCUCCGGUUUCCCAUCUUUGCAGAAAGACAGUCCCAAGGAAACAGAAAGGAAAGAACAGCCUCUACAAAAGCAUCUUAGCAGUAGCUCUCAGCCCCCACCGAUCACCAAAGAACUGCCCAGCCUGGUCGCUCGGCAGCACUGCAAUUCACCAAGCCACCCUUCAGGCAGAGAGCCCGGGAGCAAGCCCUGUGCUGCAGAACCCAGCCCGGGCCUGCAGGGCCCUCCCAAGCCUGCUGCUGUGCACAGUGAAAGCAGCCCCCACAAGCCCAGGCCUGGCCCUGACCCGGGCCCGCCAAAGUCUAAGCACGCAGACAGGCCCCUCUCCUCGCAGAAGCCGAGCGCUGGGGCUGCGGCGGGACAAGAGCCUGGCGCCCAGCCGUUCGUGGGCCCAAGCCGCGAGGGCAAGGGCAGCGCUAAGGAUGUGGUGGGUGCGCUCCCUGCCCUCCCAGGCUCCCGGCACGCAGCCGUCGAUGCGGUGAGCCAGGGACCAAGUGGGUCGUCAGCCCCACUGCACACCGAAGGGGGUCCUCUAGACAACAAGCUGAAAGCCGCCAGUGGUGGGCGCACCCCCGAGAUGCUGGAGAAGCCCGCGCACCUGCCACGGCAAGGACCCCCGGGCCUUCGUGAGUCGGUGGACCAGAAACCUCCCACUGUCAGUGAAAAGCAGAACCUGUCUCCAAAGCACCCCAAACCAUCCACUGUGAAAGACUGCCCCCCUCUGUGCAGACAGACGGACAAGAGCCCGAGUCCGCAGGCGCCGCCCGCGGACAAGAAGGCCGAGGGCCUGAGGGGCUGGGAGGCGGCGGGCGCGGCGCUGGAGGGCCGCCUUCCCCCGGCUCCCGGCGGCGAUGCCCGGCCCAGAGGCGCCGAGCGGCCGGCGGCGGCGGGCAAGGGCUCCCCAGAGGCCAAGCGGAAAGGGCUGGGUCCCCAAAAGCCGCAGAGCGAGGCAGACAAGCCCAGCGGCAUGAAACGCUCGGCCUCAGCCACCGCGCAGAGUGCUGUCCGCUCUGCUGCCCCCGCGGAGAAGUCUCUGAGCCCCUCCUCCGGCCCCGCUGAAGCCAGACCCGCGGGCCGCGAGGCCUCCGCCACCAGCGGCGACGCCUCUGCCACCAAGGCCAGCGGGGCCACGGCCGAGCCCGAGGCCUCCAGCAACAGGGACCAUAGGAAGUCCCUGCCUGGGGGGGAUGGCAGAACCCAAAUGACCAAGAGCGACUCCAUGCCGUCCUUCCGGAGCUCCACCGUCACUCUGGAGUGGCACCACCCCAACCCAAAUGUGGCAGGGGGAGCCGGCCCCCAGGACAGGGCCCUCUCAGUAACUGCCACCAUAGGAGAAACCAAAGGGAAAGAGCCUGGCCCGGCCCAGCCUCCUCAGACUAGGAAACAGACCGUGGGCAGAGAGGUGACCAAGCUGUGCCCAGCGCCCACCGCUGACCGCCCGGUCGCCCUUCCCUCUGAGAAGGACUCUGUGGUCCGGCAGAGGCGGGGCAAGGAGAGUGGGCGGGGCAGCCCUCAGAAAAAGGCCUCGUGAGGACACAGGGCCCCUGGGGACCCGGGAGACCCGACCUGAGUGUGUCACUGAGUCUUGACUACCUUGUGAAACCAGCACUGUGUGGGCAUGUCUGCCAGGCCGAGCCUGGAGCGUCACUGAGAAGGGGAGAGAGAAGGAAGUGGGGGAAAGAGAGAGGGGACUUCUUCCAAAUGCCUUCCCGAUUGUAACCGGUAAAACUGUUACCAGAGAGUGUUUGUACAAAAAAAAAAAUCCUUUACAGUUGAGGGUUGUCGAGGAAAAAGAUUUUCUCUGUAAAUAUCUAGCAACGUGUUUGGUUUGGGAUGUGGAGGUAAUACCUUGCUGCUGAUUGCGUUGUUCACUCCAGCUUUUUUUUAAAUGAGGUUUUUGCUUUACCACUUAUGAUGUAGUAAUGACGCAAAAGGGUUACAACGGGAUGUAUGUAAAAGUAGAGAUGCGCCCAUGUUCAUGUGUGAACACAUCCACCCACAUGUUUUGGUUUGUGGUUUAAGAGAAUAUUUCAAGGCUACAUUUUGCUAAGUUAAAACAGUCUACGUAGAGUUAAAGAUGAAAGAAAGCCCUAAAUACCGUAGAUUGUGACUUUUAUGUGUUUUUUUAACCAGAGAUUUUGAUAGUACUGUAUCUGGCUACCUAUGUUUCCAGAUCUAAAGCAAGAAUUACUCUAAUGGCUGCAUUUGGAAUCCUCCUCCAUUAGGAAUGGCCAGAAAAAUGGAGCUAGCGGCUUUCAUUUCAUAGUCAUCCUAAUGGACAUUUUGAUCCUGGGUCCAACUGUCUGAAAGGCUAGUUGUCCUUGUCUGUGGUGUGUACGUCGGGUCUUCACCCUAGGCAGAGCGGGGGCUAUGAACACACGUCGACUGCGUUUCUGUUCUCUUGCUUUUCCUCCUUCUCAUGCUCUUAAACUCAGGCCUUUAUGCUAUGAGUCACUAGUCCAAGAAGCACACAGUUUGUAGGAGUUCUGUACCAGCCCUGCUUUUGAGCAAAAAGGAAAAUUCCUGGCUGCACACAAGUCUGCGAGUACUUAGGUUGAGUAAUAAGCAUCAGGCAUUGGAAGAAAUGUUAAAUUUGCUUUUUUGAGGAAAAGGGGGGUGGAUUUUGGCAUCAUAGCAUAUAUAUUAAGGAAUAAUCAGGACAUCAGAUACAUUUUAAUACAUAGCUGGGGCCUUAUGUUGUAGAUGAAGCUUGCUGUUUUUAGCAAGUUCCUGGGUUUCACAUUCCUUUCUGAUGCAUCGAGUAGCUCCAUACAUUUCAUAACAUGGUCUCUUUAUUUGUAUGCAAAAAAAAAAUACUGUAUUAAUAAAGAGCAGCAUUUUUGUAACAAAAAGACUUGUUGGAGCUAUUUGGUGCUUGAAUGUGACUGUCCUUUUUACUUUUGCUAAGCCUUAUUUAAAUUUUGUAUACCAUGGGAUAUGUAGAAUUUGUCAAAUCACUUUAGUGCUGAGGGGGUUUUUUGUUUGUUUUUUGUUGCAGUUUUUCCUGGUGGCUUGUUUUCUAUUGUAAGACAGCACUUGCUGACAUAAGUACUAAGGCACUAAGAGAAACACACACAGAUAAGUAUUUAUAAGAUGCUUGGGAUCCAUAGCAGGAUUUUUUGUUUUGUAAGAGAAAAAAAUUGUCAUUAAAUACUAAUCUAGCACCCUAACCCCCUCGGAGAUGUCUUAGUAUCUUCAGGCUAUAAAAUUGUUCAUCUAAGCGCAGCAACAUCUUACAGCCCUGUGGAUUGUAAAUCAUUUACCGAGGCUAUAAACUCCGCUCCAAAAACAAAGGCAUCAUUUAAUCUACUGCCUGGUUGUCCUUCAUUGUAAGAUAGGUUGACAACGGCAAAACAGGAAAGAGUCUCCUUGUCCCUCACCUUUUUCCCCAUGCAGUUUUAGCCAUUCCCCGUUACUAUGUUGUGAAAUUGUAGAAGAAACAAAUACUUUACGAGAACUUCAAUGAGUUUCAAAAGCGGUCUCAGCAUUUAUAAUUCGGAUCUGUGUUUGGCGGUUGUCAUAACGCAAUCCUUCUGCACUCAGACAUCGAGACAGGUCUAUCGGGGAGGUAGUUCAUGGUUUACAGCCUUUGCUUUUUAACUGUCCAGUUUCCUUUAAAGCACAACUAGCUGCUUGUUUACAAAUGAUAUUUUUAUGUAUAUUUUGUAUAGUGUAUUAUCAUUUUUGCCAAAUAUGUUUUUGCAUUUUGGAUGAGUAAAGAGUACCUGAGGUUGCAUUCAUGUAGUACCUGUUUGUUGUAAACCUCUCCAAUCAGCUGGUAGAAGUUCUCCUGUGUUCUCCUUGGUCCGUCUCCUGUGAUUGUAAGAUGUGCUCCUCGGUAGUACUCCCAGCUGUAGAUUUACCAGCUUAAAAGUUUGUUAGGAUCUGUGCAAUAAAGUGUUUGCGGUCUUAUUUUCUCUAAGAAAUUCCCUAUGGAUGUCAUAAUUGUUGUAUAUUGAACAAAUAUUUAUACUUAUGCAGUUGCAUAACAUUGAAAUAAAAAUUUAGCAUGAAAAGA